UAAUUUAAAUUCUUCAAAAAUAAAUCAAACUUUGAGAAGGUUGACGUGGAGAACUAUUAUUGGUUUUCAAUUCAAGUUUAAUUUACACCACGACAUAGAAGAUCUCCGCAGCAUCGACGAAUAACAGAAUCUUGAUCCCACACUCAGUCGCGCAUAUAAACAGGGGUCAAUACAGUCGGGGAAAGUCUUGCAGGAAUCCACCACCAUAAUCACAAAGUUAUUAUUACAUCCCAUUUUCCACAGAGCCAGAGUUCAAGGUUUGUUUUCUCAGAUCUCAAUCUCUUUGCUUUUUCUUGGUUAGAUUUGAUUUAUCUUUGAUAAUCAUGUGAGUUAAGUAUUUUUUUUAGAUUAUUAGUUAAUUUGAUAAGUAAUUAGUACUUGGCAAAUAAAGCUCUCAGGCAUGCAGUGCAGAUUUAGCAUCUUUUCGUUUGUCUCAAAAUUCUGGCAUUGUUUCAUCCAAUCAUCUUAAUAUUUAAGAGAAAAGUGUGUAGUUGGAGGGAUGACGUGGAAUGUUUACAUGUUGAAGAAAGUUUAGUUUUGAAGUUGUUCACUUGAAAAUGAUUGAAUCAAUUGAAAGGGAUAAAUCUGGGAAAGCCAAAACUGCUGAGGACAUAUUGCGGUUUUUCCAGAACUUCAGGAUGAUGAUUGCUUACUGGUUGAUCUUCAUUUCUCAAAGUUUGACAAUAUUGAAUUGCUAUGUUUAUGUCUUCUUUACUGUGGACAUGUUUGAGAAAAAGGUGGAGGGGAUGUGUCCUAACAAGGUAACAUUUGUUGCUGUUCUAACUUCUCACAGUUUGAGCUCAUUCGAACCUCAUGGAGUUGGAACUAGAAUUAUUUUUAAAUCAAUGUCAUUAUGUGGGAUAAUGCCAUUGAUGGAGCACAAUUGGUAUGUAGUUGUUAUAUUGGGCAGAAUAGGCUUUCUGAAUGUGGGCAUUGUAUUGCUGACAUGAGGAAAGGAAUAGUAGAAACUGGGAUCAAGAAAAAUCAGCUUAUUGGUUUUGUGUUAAUAUUGUUUGGUUCAUCAUUCUAAUUUACUACAUGAAAUCUGCAAUUAAGAUAUACAGACGGUAGAAUACUGUAAAAGAUUUGUGCAUUGUAGAAUAUUUAAGGUUGUGAAUCGAAUUUUAUGGGAGGCAGUGUUUGUUGAAUUUCCAGAGAACUCAUUUUUGAAUUACUUGUGUCUGAAAAUCAAAUUGCAAUAGUACAUUGGUAAGGAACUAGCCAAAUGAAAUUGAUGGAUAUGUGCAUGCUGCAAUCAGUUUUGAGAAACAGUAUUCUGUAACAUUUAACCUCAAUUUACUGUCUCGUAACAUGAAUGUGCCAACUUUCAGCUUGCAUGCAUAAUUUUUUAAUAU